UUCCAUAACAAAAUACUAUAAACUUACUUACGUUAUGUUCAUACAUGCAAGUAAAAUACGUAAAGAUAUUCAGAAUUUUUAAGUAUCUUAAAAAUAAGCAAUUAAAUUAAUUUAUUUAUAACAAUCAUAUUUUACACCACCUAAUUUUAUUAAUCUAUCACAUGUACUGUAUUUUUUAAGGUUUCUUUAAAUAAUCUUUAACUUUCGACAGUUCUUGUAUUUCGUAAGAGCAAAUCUAAUAUACAUGCACGUUGAACUGAACGUGUCAAACGUGAAAGUUGUAAAUUGUCGCAUUUCAUCGUUUUACCAAAUUAUUUGACAGAAGUGUAAUAACGUAUUAAUUUAUAGUUAGUGUUGUUAUUAAGGAUGUUAUCAUAUAUUUAGUUUGCGUAAGAUUGUAGAAAUUAUAAAAUUGGUCACUGAUUAAAUGAGAAGAUGACAUCCAAAAACAGUAACUGUAUUGUAUGGAUAGACCUAGAAUUAUCUGGCUUAGAUAUUGAAAAAGAUACAAUUAUAGAAGUUGCUUGUGUCAUAACGGAUAAGGAUUUGAAGAUAAUGAGCAAAGAAUUUAGUGUGGUGAUUAAUCAACCGGACACUGUUUUAGAUGCAAUGAAUGAUUGGUGUACAAAACAUCAUACCAAAUCAGGUUUAAUAAAAGAGUCUCGAUCUAGUCCAAUUAGUUUAAAAGCAGCAGAACAGUUAUUACUGAACUUUUUAAGUAGCUACGUUCCAAAAGGAUCUUGUCCACUAGCUGGUAACACUAUUUAUCAAGAUCGUAUAUUCCUAUUUAAACUGAUGCCACUCGUUAAUGAUUAUUUACAUUACCGAAUUAUCGACGUUAGUUCAGUUAAAGAACUUGCCAGACGAUGGAAUCCAACAAUUUAUACAAAUUCACCGAGAAAGAAAUUUUGCCAUAGAGCUUUAAUGGAUAUCAAGGAAAGCAUACAAGAACUACAGUAUUAUAAGGAUAAAUUAUUUAUACCUGAUCCAUCCUGUAGAACAUGAUUUAUUAUUAAUAAAAUAUAGCAAAUUGAAUAUUUU